AUGUCAACGAAUCAACAACCCAGGAACAAACGAUCUAGAAAUGGAUGCUUAAGUUGUAAGCAAUUGAAAAUCAAAUGUAAUGAAGCCAAACCGGCUUGUGAAUACUGUGUUCAUACGCAAAGGGAAUGUGUUUAUGCUGCACCAAAGAGUAAAGCUCCACUAAAGUGGCUGCAUCGGGUUAAGAAACCAUCUACAUCAAUUGAGGUGCUAGAAACAUCAACAGCAUCAACAACAUCAACAACACCAACAUCGAUGGCUUCACCAUUUCUUGAGGUAUUAGACUCAGAUACAACUUCACCGAGCACAACUUCUACAUCCCCUUUGUUUGAUGAAGAAAGGACUCCAUCACUGAUUCUUUUCGGUGGUCAAUUUUCCCCUCGAACUAAAGCACUAUUACUUCAACGAGACUACUAUGCACCACCCACUCAUAUGGAUUAUCUUACACGAAGCUUGAUGUUGAAUCAAACAUCCACAUUGUUGGGAAUACUGAGAUUUGAGCUACGGUUGUUGAAGUUUUUCGAUAUGCAUUGUAUCAACUUGUUUUCAUUUGGUGUUAAUGAGGGCAUUCACAAUGCUUGGAAAUACAAAGUACCACACUUGUUUCUAGAAAGUGAAUUGGUACGACAACUGAUGUUUUCAUUUGCUGCUGUUGCUUUGAGUACCACGUUACCAUUACAGGAUAUACAACGUUCGGAUAAUGAGGAGGAUAUUUUUGAUGCGUUAGCUAGAGAAGAUGCUUCUGAGUUUGAUACCAUGACUAGAAACAACAUCUAUUUGAAAACCACCACCCAUUUCCUCACUACUCUAGCUAAAGCCCAAGAAAAGAUCAAUGAAGUCCAAACUUCCAACUCAUUCACUGACCCUACUAUUGCUAAAGAGUUAACAGUGUCAAGUAUACUAAUCUUUUCAUUCUUGGGAGUGCAGCCUCAUGGAUUAAUCAAACUUAUAAGCUUUAAUCAAGAUGAAGAAGAAACAGAUAUGAUUGCAAUAUCACGUGGCUCGAGAGAUAUAGUACUCAAUUGUGCCAGUACAAUACUCGAAUCUGAAUUGAGUGGUUUAUUAUUCUUCAGAGUUAAUCAGGACCUAUAUAGUCCACCAUUGAAAGAAUGUGAGUACCCCAUAAUCAAGUAUCUUUUAUUGGAGCUAUACCGAUUUCAAGACUCAACUAAUGAAGAGGUAGUCAAUGACACAUCGCUGCUGUAUCAAACAUUAAAAUUGGCACUUGACUGUCUAAAUAAAGCCCUCUUUGGUUGUGGGUAUUAUAAAUUCCCCAUACCUUUAUUCCGAUUCCUAAUGGUCAUUCCCGAAGAUUUUCGUUCUUUACUUUAUGCAAAACAUAAAUAUGCGUUGAAAGUGCUAUACGUUUACGCUGCCUUAUGUUUUAUUGCUAGAUUUCAAAUGUAUAAAGAAUACAGUAUUUGGAGAGAUUUUGUUGUUUGGUAUAAGGAUGAAGUGAAGUUAGUUGAUAAGGUGGAAAGAAAUUUGUAUCAUCUUGUUGUUGACCAAUGCUAUGUUAUUCCUAAUUACGAGGAUUUUCCCUAUUUUGAUCCACUUGAAGGGGUUUGUGGGGGGGGGACAUAG